AUGAAUCAGCCUACCGACGCCCUUCCACCGGACCGCUACAACCCGUUGAUCAACCCGGCUCACUCGAAGCCCGCAUUGGUAGAAGAACAUAUCGAGGAUCAGCACCACAUCCUCUUCUCGCGACCUCUUUUGGGAGCGCUGCUCUUCGAAAAUGCAAGCUCGGAUGCCCGUGACCACUGCGCCAACGAGCGCACUUUUCUUUCUUGGCUACGCCUUUCCAUGUACCUAGCCAUCGUCUCUCUCGCGAUCAUCAUCUCUUUCCAUUUCCGUGAACAGCCCUCCGCUCUGGAGCGAAACAUGGCUCUUCCCCUUGGCAUUAUCUUCUGGCUCCUGAGUCUGACCUGUCUGACUAAUGGGUUCGCCAACUACACUCGAACCGUUAUGAAGUACAGCCGCAAGGCGGCUCUUGUUCAGAGCGGUUGGAAGACCCAGGUCGUCUUUACGGUGAUCGGCACUGUGAUCCUGGGCAGUUGUAUCCUCUUUUUGUCGACGAACCGGGCUACGUGA